CACAACCAAGGAGAGUUCCACAACAACUUGUCCGACAGGCUGACCCAGAAAGCGGCUUACAUAAGCAUGGUCAUUCGCAAAAGGUCGAUGAGACCAAGUGAUGCUGACUGUGUGGUAGGUUGUGAUUGGAAUCAAAGAUUCAAGAUCCAAGGAAACAGUUUUGAUUGCAUUGAUGUCAGCAUUUCUGAAAAUUUUCACACCCUUCACCAAAGCGUCUGUAGUGACUUCCUCCUCCCUCUUCACUCUUCUUCUGUUGGGUAGAAUCCCCAGCUCAGACACACCUGUUCAGCUACAUCAGUCCAAUCGAGGUUUUCACCACACAAUCACAGCAUCAAGAUCCUUGGAACCUCGCAAUUCAGUCAUGUCCGACAAGGUACACGAAGCAAGGGAGGCAACUCUGUGGGGGAUGUUUAUAGCCGAUGCUUUAGCCAUGCCCGUUCACUGGUACUACAACCCUGACGACAUCAAAGAUGGAUACGGAGGCUGGCUAACAGGAUUUACUGCACCCGCUAAACACCAUCCUUCAAGUAUUCUCACGAUAUCUGCCACUGACAGCAGCGGAAGGACUGGCUGGGGAGAAAAAUCAAAACCAGUAAUCGGAAAUGUCAUUCUCCACGGCAAACUGAAGUACUGGACCAGUCAGGAUCGAUCUAUACACUACCAUCAGGGUAUGAAAGCAGGAGAUAGUACUCUAAACUCCCUGAUGGCGCUACAGAUGCUGAAGACAAUGAUGAAAAUUGACCCGAAAGGCAUAAUGAACGAACGUGAAAUGAGAGGUCAUGUCCUUGAAGAUUAUGUGAAUUUUAUGACCACACCCUCUACACACAAUGACACUUACGCCGAAUCCUUCCACCGAUCUUUCUUCAAGGACUGGUCAUCAGAGGAAAGUCCUCCGAAGACUGCCUCAGACUUGUUAAGAUGGACAGAAGCAAGAUAUGUCAAGAAGUCCAAGGGUUCUUCAGACCAUCAACUCGUAGUGAUUGGGUCCAUCGUUCCGGCUGUACCCUGGAUAAUACGAAAUGCUCACAAGACUGAGUCGGAGUGUGCUGAGUCGGCCGUGGAAUUUAUCAAACUGACCCAUCCUGAACCGAGCCUCGUUCCAUAUAUAGACAUGUACGCAAGACUUCUUCACGGGGUCAUCAAUGGCAAAGAUCUUGUUGAAGAGGUCAAUAAGUGCAUGGAACGGUCAGAACUUGGGGGAUCAAGGAAGAAAACAAUGAUACAAGGUUUUUUGGAGCAUGCUAGCAAGUAUCCUCAGGGAUCGGAGGACCAGUUAGGACGCUGUCAGUCAGCAGUAAGCCGGUUAGGGUCGGCAUGUUAUAUAGACGGCGCCAUGAGUAGCCUUCUCUUCCUCGCUGCACAAUUCAGUGAAAACUUCAACACCGGUGUUCUUAUGAACGCAAAUAGUGGAGGAGAGAAUUGUCACCGAGGGGCCGCUCUAGGAGCCUUAUUAGGGGCAGCAUCUGCUUACAAGGGACAGAGUAUUCAGCCCUCUCUAAGAGACGGUUUGGGGUCAGCGAGGGAAGGGCUUCUUCAAGUCCUUCAAGAUCUACAAAGUUCAAAUUUAUAG